AUGUCAGACAUCAAAUACACAAACCAUCUACACCCUUACACCAUCUACACCCUUACACCAUCUACACCCUUACACCAUCUACACCCUUACACCAUCUACACCCUUACACCAUCUACACCCUUACACCAUCUACACCCUUACACUAUCUAUACCCUUACACCAUCUACACCCUUACACCAUCUACACCCUUACACCAUCUACACCCUUACACCAUCUAUACCCUUACACCAUCUACACCCUUACACCAUCUACACCCUUACACCAUCUACACCCUUACACCAUCUACACACUUACACCAUCUACAUCCUUACACCAUCUACACCCUUACACCAUCUAUCUAGUGUUGAAUGUCUAUCUAGUGUUGAAUGUCUAUCUAGUGUUGAAUGUCUGUCUAGUGCUGAAUAUCUAUCUAGUGCUGAAUAUCUAUCUAGUGCUGAAUAUCUAUCUAGUGUUGAAUAUCUAUCUAGUGUUGAAUGUCUAUCUAGUGCUGAAUAUCUAUCUAGUGUUGAAUAUCUGUCUAGUGCUGAAUAUCUAUCUAGUGUUGAAUAUCUGUCUAGUAUUGAAUAUCUAUCUAGUAUUGAAUGUCUAUCUAGUGUUGAAUAUCUAUCUAGUGUUGAAUAUCUAUCUAGUGUUGAAUAUCUAUCUAGUGUUGAAUAUCUAUCUAGUGUUGAAUAUCUAUCUAGUGCUGAAUAUCUAUCUAGUAUUGAAUAUCUAUCUAGUGCUGAAUAUCUAUCUAGUAUUGAAUAUCUAUCUAGUGUUGAAUAUCUAUCUAGUGUUGAAUAUUCUAUUAAAAUCGUCUAUGCUAAGCACUGGCCAAGAUCACAAAUAAAGAGAUCUGUUAGAUUAGUUCGAACCCACGGCACCUAA